AUGUUGUUCGGAGGUCUCCAACUUUAUUCGUCAUUUGGAGAGCGAUCGGAGUGGUUGUGUAUAGUUUUGUCGCGAUUUUUUGUUGUGUUGGCCUUAAGAAUUGCAGACGAACAAUAGAUUAACACGCCUUGCAGUGUGUACGGAUAGCACAUACCGGGUAAUAAUUUUACGAUUUUUGUUUCGUCCUAUGGAUAGUGUGAGUUGUUCACUUCACCUAAUCGUAUUGUAACGGUUUUGACUGGCUAGAGCAGAAGGUGUUAAUUCUGGCUAUUUGUAAAGUUAUUGGCAGUACUUUCGAAAAGUUGGAUCGCAGCCGUUCUGGUAGACUAUUUUUCAUGGAGGAAAAUCUUGCUGAUGCCAGGAGAGUGACACUUCGUGGUGGCUUCUUGUAACUUAACGUUGUUUCAGUUGUUUGUUUUUGUUACCUAAAGAAAACGAAAGUGCUAUUUGUAGUGUUGUGUGAUAAGAAAUGUGCAAUGAAUCGACAUGAAAGCACCCUUCUGUGGCUGAAAACGCCAUGGAGACUCCCAAUGAUGAGCAGUAACAGCGGAAAUCUGGCUGAAUAAAAUUGUAUACCGUUUUUAUCUCGUGCAGAAAAUCUGUAAAGACCUCAAAGGCGCAUUCGUGCUUACAUUGUAGAUAUUGUCGGUUGCGUCAAAACCGACGGUAGUGCGCCAGCCAAAAGCAACGUCGCACCGUUAGGCCUGAGCGAGUUUCGUGCGAUAAAAAAGCGUUUCGAAUAUUUUUUCGACUAGAAAUAAAAACAAUUGUGCAAAACAUAAAUCAGUGUUUGUAAUGUACCUGGUUGGAGUCGGAGAAGUGGCUGCUGUUUCCCGGUUGGUAGUAAGUUGGGGCUCGCCAGUUGAGGUAGUAUUUCGAAAACAGUACCCUAACACGAUUGGCCUCGUGGUACCGCCUACUGUGUAAAACAACUGCUAGUACCGAGUGCGAUACUGUAGUGGUGUGCUCAACACCUGAAACCAGGUUAGACUAGUGACAAUAGAAAAUGACCGUUUCGUCGGUUCUACUGUUAUUUUUUCACAUCGAAUGAAAACAAUAGUGUAAUAUUGAAGAUAACAGAAGGACAAGCGUAGAAAGUGUCGUGUAGUUGAAAACAGUGCUGCUUUUCGGUAACAAAAAUAGCGCCUAAUUGAGUGUGAACCUGAGCCAAGGUUACAUUCGGUGUUGUCGAAGUCGACCUUGUCAAUUUUGGUGUGUUUCCUAACUGUGUGUUUCCUAACUGUGUGAUAGGAAGAUCGCUAAAAUGCCGUUAGUUUUCCUGCUUAGUCGAAGCAUCAAAGAAAAUAUCAUCCAUGUGCGUCUGCUAAGCAACUUUCAUCAGAUGACAAAUGACGUACGUUUGGACAGGAAACAUGCUGCGAAACGCUUAAAUAUUCCUCUACGCUCUGGUGUUAUUUUUUCUUGAGAGUGACGUUUAUGCUGCUAGUUAUCGCUAUCAAGAAACAGAGUACAGUUUAAAAGUCUAAUAUCAUAGAGCAAAUUUUCUAAACGAUGAAAGGUCACGGUUGCGCGAAACAAAUCUGUUUGAGUGAAGUGUGUACCUAGAUCAGUGCUCUAGUUUCAUCCGAAUUCGCCGAAAAUGUCCAAAACGAUCGAAACUCACUUGCAGAGUAAGGAGGUGCGGAUUCCGAAAAAGACGGAAUUCGACGUGUCCUCGACGGCGGCGCCCUGCCAGUACUUCAAAAGUUCCUUCGCUCGCUCGCUAUCGUUCAGCCAAGCAGGUGAAGCAGGUCCAUACGGGGCGGCAGAGCAGCAUUUUACCCGCUCGUUGGACUUUGAGGUCAACUUCGGGUUAUCUACAAUCCCCGAUCACUCAGGAACGGGAUCUUCACAAACAACGCCUUCUGCUUCGCCCGUUUUCGAAACGGAUCGCAACUUAGUGCGUGUGGAUAGCGAGAAAAUUAAGCUGACAAAUGGAAUCGACACGAGUAAUGGCGGUGUCGUUAAGACGCUGUGGAGUUACGCGAAAAUUUCGGACACAAAACCGAACUCCACCGGUGGAACUCCGUCCAAGUCGGGACUGAAUGGUGUUACCCCGACUAUCAUGUCUCCGUCACCAACCGGAACGCCGUCCGGCUCCGGCUCAUCUUUGUCCAAGCGAAAGAGCGUUGAGGCCAACGAAAUCGAAGUUUUGCGACUACGAAAGGAAUGCCAAAACCUCAUCGAGGAGAAUCGCCGCCUGGUGAAUCGGGCCGCCAAUAGCGGAUAUGCUAUCAAUGGUGUGAUGAACGGUGGCGGCGUCAGUACGAGUGGAGCGAGUGGAUUCGGAUUGGGCCGAAGUAGUCUCGGCAACGAGCGAGUCAGUAGCAGCAGCCUGGCUUCCCUGGGUCUCGGCUUGGCCGGCGGUGGAUCAGUUGUCGGAUCGGUCGGAACCGCCGCCGGAAUGUACUCCAGUGUGGAAUCUGUGAUACUGCAGACUCAAGUUGAAACACUGCAGUGGCAGCUUAAGCAGGUUGAUUCCAGCCGACAGAUGUACCGUGCCGUAAUGGAGGAAGUAGUCCGCUACCUGGAUCGAUGCUACCGCGGUUUAGAUGCGCUACAGCCCAGUAUCAUAGGCCGGUCCAAGAGUGUUCUGCAGGUGUCCAAGAAUCACAACCAUCACGAUUCCGACAGCAGCAGUGCUAGCAGUCCCCGGGCCCGCAGCAGUACCAAUUUGGUCGAUGUGCAAAAGACUUACACCAAAAAACAGCAGGAGCUGCUCUCUAGCCAUCAACAGAAGCAUCACCAGAAUGGAUCGAUUGCGGCCAGCCCCCUUCUGGACGAUAAUUGUCCUCCACCCUCGCCCGCUGGCUCCUACAGCACUUUCCGAGAUUUUACGUGGCGCCGCUCGCCCAAACGUACUCAGACUCUGGCAAUUUCCAGCACCGAAGUUGAUCCGGAGAAGCUGUCACAGGAAGCGUUUCGUCUGUUACGUACUGUUCAAAAUCUUCUUAACACCCAGGAACCGACGCUGUCUCAAUCUUCGACUGCCCUGGAUAGCCUACUACUGGCGUCAGCCGCAGGAUCCACCACCGGAAGCACAUCGACUCUAACUGGUACAGCUGGGGGUGGUUCAAGUGCACCAAUGGUGCAUCACCAUCAUCACCACCAUCACGUACCAGCGGCUACCGGUGAGGGACUAUACACGGGUGUUGUAAACACGAGAAGCAACGUUGGUUUCAGCCGAAAGCUAAACAUGAGAGGAAGUCGACUAUCGUUACGAAGCAGUACGGAUGAUUCGGUGCAUUCAACCUCUUCUUCGAAUAAAGCCGAAACUGACGAAGACAAUAUGGAUCGGCCAUCACCUCCACUGGGCCAUCAUCUGCAUAAUCAUCACCACCAUCCUUUAGUACACCAACAUCAAAACAGUGGAAGCAGCAGUAGCAGCAGCACUAGCAGCAAUAGCGGCCAUUUGACUAAUCACCGUCACAGUGCAAACAUUGAUCGGAUCAAGGAAAUGAUGAUCACAAGCUCGGCAGAAGAUGAGAGCGGGUUUAGUUCGAUGAACUCAUUUCAGGAGAUAGGACUCCCUCUUGUCAACUCAACGAUCAUGUCCUCAUCGUCAACAGCUUCCUCUACGAAUGGAGUUUGUUCAGUUGACUCCAAUUCGUCGGCUGCAUCGUCGACUGGUUCGGUCUCAUUCGACGAUUCCUCUGACAUAAAAGAUAGCACCGUUAUACCAACAACGAAUAACGUAACAACGAUCGCCAUAAACUCUGCCAAUAACACGACACCCGCGACUGCAACCGCUUCGUCCAGCACCAACACCGGAAAACAACUGUCCGAUAAGCUGGGAAUUCCUUCCAAAAUACCGGAAAUUCCUGUCCGUGUCACACAAUCUUCCACCUAUGAGCACCACAGCCACUUUAUAAAUCAUCGUCGCUGGGAUUCGGCCCCGGUCGUUCCACCCAAACUGAAAAUUCAUCAACACAACGCCGAUUCUGACAGUGGCGUUUCGCCUCGUGUUCUAUGGGUAUAGCAGAGAUAGGAUGCAGCCGAACCGAAGGACCGCUUCGGUUGCCGAUCCCUUCUGGCGUAUGCAUUGUUUCGUUCUGUCUGCUCUAGGCUUAGGCUAAGCGAAGGCAAAACGCAUUCUAAAAGGUAGAGCUUUGCACUGGUAGUUACUAAAGCAGUAUUGGAAUCAUGCCUCUCACGUCCCAGCAAACAGUUGGUAAAUUUUCUGACCCAAAUUUUUUUUACCGAUACGAACCAAUCGUAAACAUUUUCUACGGACAGACUUGAAUCAGAAAGAGAACAUAAAUAUUGCAUUUAUUUAUGACCGUAAUGUUAGGCUUCAUAUAAUCUGCUAUAAUAUUGUCAGUAAUGUAAUUUUAUAGACAAAAAAGAAAAGAAUCUGUUAUAGGAAGAACCUGCAGUAACCAUAUUUUAUUACCAAAGUUAGGAAUGAAACAACAAAAACUAGCGUAACGCUUAUAAAAAACGGUGAACAAUAACGUAGAUGAUAGUUUAGACGCAAACCCUUUAUUCGAAAAGUCACAGUUGAUUCGAAACGCUAACGGAUGGAUAACGCUUUGAAAAUCGAUUUUCAGACAAAAUGACCUACAACACAGCAAUAUGAAAUAGCUCCAUAAUUCCGAUUGAAGGAAAAAUAUCUAACAAGCAUUUAUAAUCCCUGUACUUAAUGACACAUAUUUUAUAGUGCGGUAGAAUUACUACCCCUUCAAACGUAAGGAAACAACACCAAUAGACUACGGUAAUCUCUAUAUUCAGCAAAAACUAUUCAGAACACAUGCUCUUGAUAAAAUUAAACAUAUAUGUGAUAAUUUCAUACUAUCUACUACGUUGCGGUCGUCUACUCGUUGAAUUUAAACACAUACACACACAAGCACAUUUAUCGAACCGGAAUUGCCACUCAAUGAACUUAAGUUUCUAUAGAAAUCCGAGUUGUACAAAUCUCUAAACGAUCCAUAAAACACAAAUCACGCAAACCAAAUAAAAAAAAAACAAAAAGAAACUCGAUUUGAUGCAAAUAACCUACUAACCAACGUUUAUAAUUGCUAGCGAUUAACUUAAUCUUCCUGUAGAUUUAAUAUUUAAAACACUGUAACGCUGUAACAUUUGUGCGACAUGUACUCACAUCCGGACUCGUAAAAUCUCACAUGAUAAGAAUAGCGUCGAUGCACAAGCCCUGUUAGCUAGCUCACACCUAAAAUUCUAACGGAGAUUCCUUUCAUAAAAUUUUGUUUGUUCUGAUUGGACUGUCGCUUUCGAACGUAUGAAUUCAAGAAUAAAUUAAAAUGAUUUACGGACAAAA